AAAUGUCAAAUAUUAGAGCAAGAGUAAAGCAAAGUUAUGUUUUAUUUUAUACAUAUGUAUUGUUAAAUAAAUAAUUUUAAAAAAUUUCCAUAACGGACGAUGGGUAAGUAUUCUAGUGAUUCAGAAAAUGAAAGACGCGGGAGUAAAAGUUCAAGCAAAGCUAAAAGCAGGCGUAGAUCUUCCUCUUCAGAUUCGAGUGACUCCAAAAGUAGAAGCAGAAGGAGAUCGGGUAAAAAAUCUAGUCGCCGAUCUAGAACCAGAAGUCGGGAUAGAUCAAGAGACAGGUAUUCAAGAUCUAGGCGUUCUAGAAGUAGAAGCACUUCCACAUAUAAAUCAUCAAAAUCUAGAUCAUAUAGAUCAAAAUCCAGAGAUCGCUAUCGAGAUAGACAUAGAAGAUCAAGGUCUAGAGAUAGGUAUAGAUCUAGACGUUCUAGGUCUAAAUCUUAUAUUAAAGAAUAUGUGAGUAAACCAAAACGAAGAUCAAAUUCAAGUUCUAGUACAAGCAGUAAUGAUGACAUCAAAACAAAUAUAAAGUAUAACUCAAAGAAGAAAGAAGAAAAUAAUUCAAAAGGCAGUGUCAGUAAAAAUGAGAAAGCAGCUUCUCCAGAUUGUAUUGUAAUAGACAAUGAAGUUUUAGAUGAAAUAAAUGAGAAUAGUUUUGCUCCCAAACAAUUUACUUCAAAGUCAAAGAAAGUCCCAGAUAAUAUUGUUAUAGACUUAAAGAAAAAUACAAUUAAAGUUCCAGAAAUUGAACAAGAAGAGCCAGAUAGUAUAUUUCAUCAGAAUCUAUUUCUAAGUGAUGAAGCUCGUAUGGAAAAGUGGGUGAGAGAAUUAUAUUCAUUCCGACAGAAAGCGCUUCAACAAGGCACCAAAAAUGACCGCUAGGAAAAAGAUGGCGAAAUCCUACUAUAUAUUUUUCCUUUUUCUCCCCAUAAUCCUGAGUGUCAGUUUUUUAGCAAUUAAACAAAAAACAGUGUUAGAGUUAUGUGAAAUAAACAAAUGUCCAUUUUGUUACGGAAAGACGUUGUGUAGAGAAAUUACGAAAAAUAAAAUUAAUUUGGAAUAUAAUCGCGUAUCGGAUUUUAUUUAUAACGUUUUUAGUGUUAAGAACGUCUAUUUUGCCCGGUAUAAAAGUAAACCAGUAGUUUUAAAAAAGUUAGCCCAUACCAACGAACUGAAUAAAUUUGAUAGAGAAAUUAGGGACAAAAUAAUUAAUUAUAAGGCUUUAAAAAGUGAAUUGAACUUUAAAUUAAGAGGAAUGGAUGAAAAAGUACAGUUCCCUCCUUUUUAUGUUUGCGAUGAUGAUACAUUUGAACUAUUUUUUGAUAGUUUCAAUACAACCAACAUUAAGACAAUCUAUACAAUUUUAAGCAUUAACGCAGAACCCGUUUUACUCGAGAUGUUUAGUAAAAAGAAAUACUUUCCUGUUCCGAAGUUAUACGGUACUUGUGGCAGACUUAUCGUUCAGGAAAAUUUUGGGAAAUCGGUAAACAACAUAGAAAAAUACUCGUGGUACAAAAGGGCAUUAGUUGCGUAUAAAAUCCUUCAAGGUGUUCAAAAUUUUACUGAAAAUCACAAAGAUUUUCGACUGUAUCUUACUGAUAUUUCUCCCGAUAAUGUGGUAGUGGAUGAGGAUUUAGACGUUAGCUUUAUCGAUAUGGAAAAUGCAAUUAUAAAGAAAAAGACUAAUUCAACGGAAAAAGAACAUUACAGCAGUCAUGAUAUUGACGAAUAUUCAUUUAAUCCAAGAGAAAUAUGCGAAUCUGAUAAAAGUGAUCACAACAUCUAUGGUGUCUGCAGAUUACUGCUGUCAAAAAAUGCAUUGUGGCCAAUGAUGGACGGUGGACUUCUCCACAACCCUCCAAAGGAAGUGACAAAUAGACAUUGGAAGCUGUUCGAUGCCAUCGAAGCGUGCGUUCAUUCACCAGAUGAAAUUAAUAGAUUUGACUUAAGCAGACAGAUUUUGAAUAAACUUCAUGCCAUUCUUCGAUAUGCAAGGGCAAAUAAGUUAUUUUAAAUAUUGUUUUAAAUUAUUGUCGCACUAA